GCCUUUAGCGACGCCGGGGGAACGAGCCCGUUCCUCGGGGCCCACGCAACAUGCCGUUCGUCCAAUGAGCGCAGGCGGGAGGGAGGCGACCCGUCCCGUUCCUUACCCUCUCCUCCCUCUCCCCCCGCCCCCGCCACGGCCACCCCUACCAACAGCCGGGGAAACCCGAGGGGAGACACCGGCCGUGGCCAGGGCUCGACCACCGUAGCCCUGGCCUAAGGACGAGGUCGGGGGGAGUCGCUCGCCCCGACCCCGACCUCAGCACGCCGCCUGAUGUCCACAAGAUGGAGUCAGCGGGGACGGCGGCGGCGUGAAGGAGGCGGGUCCGGGCCGGAGCAGGUGCUUCGCCGGCUGCGGCGGCUGGCGGGGAUGGAGCUGCUCUUGAUCAUAGCAGUUUCUGCCCUUGCCGGCUCCUUCCUUACAAUCUUCUUCCAGUUUCUGUUGUUCUAUUGCAGUAGGCCCAAGAAGCCCGUCGCGGCGUCCUCCGCCGACUUGAUUUAUACCUCCCCUGUGCCGGGCCUUCACCUCCGCGACUACCUCUAUGGCGGCUUCGGGAAAAAGAGGAAGUCCAGUGGGAGCGGCGUUGGCCACCGGACCUCCAAGAUGUCGCGCGCCGUGGAGACCUGCUACUUCCUCAAUGCGAUUAUACUGUUCCUGUUUCGGGAGCUACGGGAUACGACCGAGACACGGCGCUGGGUCACCAAGAAGAUCAAAGUGGAGUUCCAGGACCUACUGCAGAGCAAGACGGCCGGCAGGGUGCUGGAAGGCUUGAGCUUGCGGGAAGUGUACCUGGGCCAGGCUGUGCCCUUCGUUAGGACUGUCCGCCUCCUCCGGCCGGUAGUGCCCUCGUACACCGGCGAACCCGAGGCCUCCACCAAAAGUCAUGAGGAGCUUCCCACCGCCUGCCCAGAGGAACUCAUAUUUGAGCUGGACAUCGAGUACAAUGGUGGCUUCCACAUGGCCAUCGACGUGGACCUUGUCUUCGGCAGGUCCGCCUACUUGUUUGUCAAGCUGGCCCGCAUGAAGGGCAAGAUUCAGCUGAUCUUCACCCGCACACCCUUCACUCACUGGGCCUUCUCGUUCGUGGAGGAACCAGUGAUGGACUUAGAGGUGCAGUCACAGUUCGAGGGGCACCCCAUGCCGCAGCUCGCCAAUAUUAUCAUCAACCAACUUAAAAAGGUCAUCAAACGCAGGCAUACCAUACCCAACUACAAGAUCAGGUUUACUGGGCUCUGGCAGUUCUCUUUUCAGAAGUCAGGAAACACUCAGGACACGGGAACACAGGAACUCAGAUUCAAGCCGUUUUUCCCAUAUGAAAUGACAGAAGAAAGUGAAGAAAUUCUAUACAUACAACAGUAUGGACUUAAGGAAGGCCGCCUUAAAAUUUCAUUACUAGAAUGCAGCAGGUUAAUGAUUUUUGGAUCGUAUGAAAGAGAAGCAAAUAUUCAUUGCACACUUGAGUUGAGCAGUUCUAUUUGGGAAGAAAAACAGAGGACUUCUGUCAAAGUGGUUGAGGUAGUAAAAGGAAAUUUACCAAGUGUUGGACUUACACUUCGUCUGGUGCAGUCAUCUGAUGGAUGUAGCGGACAUGUCGUAAUUGAGACUGUGGCACCACAUUCCCCUGCUGCACUUGCAGAUCUUCAGCGGGGGGACAGAAUUGUAGCCAUCGGAGGAAUUAAAAUCACAUCUACAGUCCAGGUGUUAAAGCUCAUCAAGCAAGCUGGUGAAAAAGUAAUGGUGUGUUAUGAAAGGCCUGUGGGCCAGAAUAAUAUAGGGUCAUCAUCACAUGAGAGUUUUACACAAGAGGAAUUUCUGACAACCCCCCCAAAUGAUGAUGACAUUAUGCCUGGCCUUUUAAUGGAGGCUGAACGCAGAGAAGCAGAUUUAGAAUUUGAAGAUUUAGCAUCCUAUCUCAAGUCACAAAAUUAUUCCAAAGAUGAGGAUCAAACAAUAAGUUCUAGUCCUAAACACUGUCUUGUGUCAGUUGCUAAGCCUUCUGGACCUGCCUCACCAGUCUUAAAUCUUAAAUCAGGUGGCAUUUCACGAUCAGUCAAAUCUAUGACACCCAAAAUCUCUGAUUCUUCAGACAUAGGGCAAGCAUCAGCAAAAGCAACACAGGUAUCUCUUUUUAAGCCUUCUCAGUCACCAAAACAGCAAAGAAAAUUUUUUCCACCAUCUAUUGAUGAUUCUUCUAACCAAGCAGAAUCAGAUUCAGAAAAACCAGAUAAAAUUCUUUAUUCUACACAAGCAUUUGAUCAGACAGAAGAUUCCAUUUUGGAAAGUACUCACAAGGACAGUGCAGAUGACCAAACAUGGGAAUCAUCAGAAAUUCCUUAUAGCCAUAAACUAGGUAAAUGGACAAGAAUGAAAGGGACUUGUAUAUUUGACAUAGAAGCCUACCAUAAGUACCUGAAUGUUGCAUUGUGGUGCAGAGAUCCUUUCAAGCUGGGUGAUCUCAUCUGCUUGGGACAUGUUAGUAUAAAACUUGAAGAGAUCGCUUUGGGCUGUUUAGCUACUUCCAACUUGGAAUACCUUACAAAAUUCCAGUUGAAUGCUCCAACACCCAAAGCUAUGGCUAGCAGAUCUACACUGCGAAAUCUGAGCAUGAAAACAGGAUUUAAUGAGAACUUUUGUUAUGGUGACAUUACCAUACAAUUCAAAUAUUUGAAAGAAGGUGAACAUGAACAACUUCUGGAUCUUCUCAAGAAGGAAAGAGAAACUCAUCUUUCAGAGGAGGAGGAUGCCUUUAAUAGAGAUGAGUAUUUUGAUGGUCAGCUAGGUUCUGCAGAAAAUAAACAUGCUUUCCAAGACACUCAAUUCCAGAACCCAACAUGGUGUGACUAUUGUAAGAAGAAAGUCUGGACUAAGGCAGCUUCCCAGUGUGUAUAUUGUGCUUAUGUUUGCCACAAAAAAUGUCAAGAAAAAUGCUUUUCUGAAAACCCAAUUUGUAUAGGAGCUGGGAAGAAAAGCAACCGGUUAUUUAAAAACUUAAGGCUAGAAGGACAAGAAAAUAUCAUAGGGUUGCAGUCUCGUGCUGAUUCUGAAGCUUCUAAAUCAGCUGGGAAAAGUGCAGGUUUAACCAAGCACCUAUUGAACACCAGCUCUCGUUUCUUAAACUUGCGACAAGGUUCCAGAAGAACCCCUGAUCAAAUUAAUGAAUUGGCAGAACCCUCACCCAAGCACACACCAACCACCUCUGAUAAUGAAAUGAGCGAUCACGAAGUUUGUGGUCUGAGCAGUCCUUGCAAAAAGGGAACUGACAGAAGAAUCAAAUUGGCAAGGAAGGAAAGAGGCCUAGAUGACAGUGUCUUCAUUGCAGUUAAAGAAAUUGGUCGUGACCUUUAUCGGGGCUUACCUAUUGAGGAAAGAUUCCAGAAGCUAGAAUUCAUGUUAGAUAAGCUGCAAAAUGAAAUUGACCAGGAGCUGGAACAUAACAAUUCUCUUGCUAGAGAGGAGAAAGAGACAACCGAUUCAAAGAAAAAAGCACACCUUUUGAGUUCUUUGGCUAAAUCAGGUGAAAGACUACAAGCUCUAACUCUUCUUAUGAUUCACUACAAAGCAGGUAUUGAAGACCUAGAACUAGAGACGCUCUAUAACACCAAAAAAGCAGCUAAAUAUACAGAAGAGACAGAAGAAGACCUUCAUAAUGAAAUACGUCAACUAAUUGUGACUCAACCUUUUGACAGUCUAUCAGAUGAAUUAUUUGAACCAUCUGAACCUCUGUAGUAGACUGCCUAUUUAACCUUCUAAAAAAUAGCAGAAAAAAAAAUUACACUUACUAAAAUAUAUCAGAUACACCCACAUUUAACACUCUUAGAAUAUGUAUGGCCUGCUUCUCCACAUUUAUUGCCUGUCUAAUAGCAAAAAAAAAAAAUGAUAGGUUUGGUUUGUUUGUAUUUCCCAGCAAAAUACAUGACCAUUUGAGUUGACUAAGUUGGUUGAUAUGGAUUGUAUUAUAAUAUGCUUUGGGGGUUAAUAAUGGGAAUUUAUUUUUAUUAAUUUAUUUUUAACUUUUUCUAUUAUGUAAACUAACAUUUCAUGUUGAUAUUGUUUUCCUUUUUGGUUUCUGAAUUCCUGUUAAAAUAGGAUAAUAUCAAAAUUCUUAAAGUUUUCAUUUACAUCAUGGUAAUGGUUAUAUUUACUGCAUGCCCAAACUGACAACACAGCAAUCAUUAAGAGAGCAGGCUUUGAAACUUUUGAUCAUGUUAAAUUGAUUUUUGUCUCAAAUCAGUUGUUGGAUUUGUUUUUUGUUUUUUUUGUUUUGGUGGGGGGUGGUUAAUGAGUUAGAUUUGUUGGAGGCAGGUUUGAGCUGGGGAGGUGUUUUUGUGGGUUUGGGAGGAGGGUGGCCAAACAUAACAUGAAAGCAAACACCACAGCUUUUAUUUUGUCUAUGAUGAUUUAGUAAAGAUAUUAUAUAUAAUAUUAUUUGCUUUCUAUGCUUUUGGUUUUUUUUUUAAUGUUUAUUUCAAAAGUUGUAUAAUUGAAUUAUCGCAGUGUUCAGUGCUUCCUUUGAAGAGCUUGUAUUGUUGAAAUACAGAAAGUAAUAGGUACAAUUUUAUACAUUUGAUCAAGAAUUUCUAGCCAAGUCACUAGCAUUUUUUGCUUGUCAAUUUAAGAAUUUCAAAAUUAUGAAAAAUAUUAAAAAAUCGAUUUUUAAUAUCUAACCUCAAAAAGUUGAUGCCCACUUUUACCUUACUGAUUGGUGUAUCUGCUAAAAAAUAUUUAAAGUUCUGAACAUUUAGACACUUAAUAGAAUGUGUGAAAGAAUAUGAUGUUUCAGAAGACUGUAAAGCAUUUGGGUUGGUAAUUAUGUUUAUACUGAAGAAUGUAACACAUUUGAUUCAUUGCUUGUCUCCCAUAUUACAAAAUUGCAUUUAGGCCAAAGGGAAUGGAUAUUCUCUUUCAGAAUACUUUUAUGCAAUAUAGACAGAUGGAAUUGGGGCCAGGUCUCUGAAAAGGAAAAUCUGAUAAUGGUCUUAGACUGAUUAUCCAUCCUUACUACCAUUUCAUGUCUGGGAGGGGCAUGUGGUAUGCGUGCAUGCGUGCGUGUGUGUGUGUGUGUGUGUUUUCAUUCUCUUUUUAAAAAUAUUUUCAAUGUUUUAGCCUUUUGCAUACACAAAUUAUAUAUGCAUAUCUUCCCUGUGGGUAGGUAUUUUACAAAAAAAAUUGGUUUUAGAACAUUAAAAUCAAACUGACUAUAAAACAGGUAAAUAAUUUUAAAAUACUUGGUGUAUGAUAGCUUCUAAGGAUGAAGAAACCUGCCAUGACUGGUGAAAAAGGCACUGACCCAGGAAUUGAAACCUGGGGUUUAGUCCAUGCAUUUCUACUAAUGAGCUCUAUGACCUUAGGCAAGUCACAUAGCCUCUUUGUGCCUCAGUUUACCCAUCUGUAAAAUGGGUUUAUAAUAGAUACCUGUCCUAUCUACCUCACGGGAUUGUCGUGAGGAAACUAUUAUGUGGGGGAGAAUCUUUAAAAGUAAAGGAAAGUAUACAAAUGCAAGGUGGUUAGAGUUAUUAGCCUAAUAAAGUUAGCAACCCUUGGGGAGGGAAAAGGGGAAGACAAAUCUGCUGACUGCUACUUUAUUCUCAUGAGAAGCAAUUAUUAUUAUUCAUGCAACUUUUAAUAAUUCAAAAUAUUUAAGACAUGGGAUUUUUUGUUAGCCAAGUAUGUGAAAAGAUAAUAAAAAUACCAUUACAAACACAAAUUUCCUUAAAAAUACUACAAAUUACUCAAUAAUUUAAGUUCAAAAUGUAAUAUUGUCCUAUUCAGUUACCAAGUUUUAGUUUAUAAAAAUAGCUUACCACCAGGAAUGACCCAUAGGGCUGUGGGUCUUUUUAGUGACUAUAAUUAUGGUAAUACCAUGUUAAUUUUAAUUGACAUCCAAGAGAACUCCAUCAGAUCUCUGCCUGGUUUAAGAGAACUACAGAAAUACCAGAAAAUUAGGGAUUCCUGGAAAUCCAUUCAGGUUUUGAAAGUAUUUAACCAUGUAGAGAAAGGACUAUGGAAAACCUAGAUAAAACCUUAUUUAUAUAAUGCUGCUAAUGAUAUGUGUAAGAUAUAUAUUUAAUGUAGUGCAAUGUUUUUAUAUAUACCGAGUAAUGGGAAUUGCUGUUCUAUUUUAGAGAAGAGGGUGAAACAACAAUCCAACUAACUUAGGUGAUAUGACUUAAGUCUCCAGAGGGGAAAAUUGUAAUACAUUAUAUUAUUGUUGUAUAAUCUUUGCUGCAUAUUAUGUUAUCUAUAGCUAAAAAAAAAAACAAAAAAUAAUAAAAACUACUACAGAAAA